UAAUACGAUAAAUAAACAUGGAUGAAGAUAAUUUGUGUGCAUCAUUCAGUGGCUUGCUAGAUGAGAAUGAAGGGUGGAUCAUAACGAAAAAUGAACGAGGUAAAUUGAAAAUUGCCCCUUGUCCAGAAGAUGAUACCAAUAUAUAUGAGAAAACUAGAGAUUGGAUUGUGAUAGCUGCAGAUGAAACAAAAACAUCAAACCUUAAACUUCCAAAAUGUGAAGCAUUGAAAACUGCAAACAUCUUCAUUAGGGAUUUGUUGAAUGCACAGUGGAAAGAUGGUUAUUUCAUAUUCAAAAAUAUCAGUUUUCUCCAAGUUUAUAUUGCUGGAACACUUGUAGAUUGGUAUGAACGUGGCCAUAAGUUUUUUCUAACAGUUGAUGAUGGUACUAGUAAUAUCAGAUGUAUUAUAGAGAAGGAAAAAUUAUCUCUGCUGAAACAUAACAUUGAAUAUGACGAGUCGGUGAUUAAAGAUCGAAAUAAUGUUAUUUCAUCGGCAACAGCUAUGAUUAGGGCUGCUUGCAAAAUUCUAGAAGAUUCCGUGCCAUCAGGUACUCAUGAUCUGGAAUUGGGUAACAUUGUUAACAUAUAUGGUAAAAUGGGAGAAUACAAGGAUAAUAGAUACAUCUUCAUUGAGAAAAUAGUCAAAGAACCAAUCGGAACGAUCAAACAUUGUGUUCAUCUUGAAAAUAUGAUUCAUUUAUACAGUAAUUUUUAUACUUGAUCAUUUUUGAAAAAUAUCUGUGAUUAGUCAUUGUUUUCAUUUUUUAUUCGUUUUUCACCACUGUUGCUGUUAAUUGAGUGUAGUUAUUUAUAAUGAUAUAGGUAAUUUGAAAUUUUUAAAUAGUUUGAUUCACUGUAAGAAUAUUGAUUGAAUUUAAAUAUAUUU